UGGCGUAAAUACAAAUCUUUUCCUUAAAAAUCUUUAAUAGACGUUCAACUCGAACUAAAUGCAUGAGUAAAGUUUGGUAUUAAUGUUCUACCCCCCUCACGUGUCCGUUUUGUUUGCAGACAGCUCAUCAGACUGCAAGUAGGUAACUAACUUCGAUACUGAAAGUGAGUCCAAAAUGUUGCACCAUGUGCUAAACUUCUAUGUGGCAAGGAUCUACACGCAGGCACAACGAUGGUUCAGCGCGCCUGCGGUGCGUAGCACAACGUAAUUUAUCUUCAAUGAAAGCUGAGAAGGGGUGCGAUUGGCUGUCGAUUCCGAGAUCAGCCCAGAUCUCAGAUACAAAACGAAGCGGACUCGCCUUCUGGAGAACACGGCUAGCAGUAAACUGAGGAGAAAGAGGGAAAAAAAUCCACGAAAAUACAAGCAAUCGCCAAAGGACUCUUCCAUAACUCAUGGGUAUUAUAGCUUGUGACAAUAAGCUUCUGGAAAUGGACAGAAUGCGUUCUUCGUGAGAGUCAUCUUUUUCAGGUGAUGAUAUCAUAUCUGAGAGAUAAAGUCACUUGGAACUCUAUACGGAGCUUACAAUUUUAUUUAUAACGUGCGAACUUCAACUUUGAAUUGAGUCAUGGCUCACUGUCAACACGUAUUGCUGCUGCUUUUUGGAUGGGGUUAUAUUUGCGGUGGACAUUGUAUUAUGCUAAAAGACCAUUUCACUGGGCUAAAGAGAAAUAAGGACUGGAGCGAUCUCAGUAAAGCGCGGGGUAAAGAUCGCCCUACCAAGGAAAAGAAUGACUUGCUCUUACAAGACACAGUGUCGGAACACAUGCAGAUGUUAUAUGAGAAAUACAAUAAAGAAGGCUUUCAUUUCAAGGACGGAAAUACGGUUCGCAGCUUCAAAGCUCAUUUGGGUAAUAUCAACAGCAAGCAACUUCAGAUCUUUAACUUAACAUCACUAACCAAGUCAGAAGACAUCCUCUCAGCUACAUUACAUUACCACAUAGGUGACCUCCAGAACAGCAGCCGUAGGUGCGCUGGACCACAGACAUUUGGCUGCCAUCGACUGCUGAGACAGACUCCUGUUCACCUCAGCAUCUGGAGUUUUGCCUCUCUGAACAAUAGCGCACAGACUCAGGGACACCUCCUUUUAAAUGUCUCCACCGCGUACAGGGAUGUUGCGUACUGGCAAUGGAAAGACAUAACGCACGCCAUCAAUCAGGCAAAACGUCGCUCUGAGCUGCUCAUUGGUUUUGACGUGGACCCUCGAGGGCAGGGUCCCCGGAAAUCCCUGCCCUCAGACCGGGCCCCCUACAUUCUGGUGUACGCCAACGACUCCGCCAUCUCUGAGCCGGAGAGCGUGGUGUCCACCCUGCGCCGGCACAGAGGGGCUCUCGCCCCGGGGCUGCGCGGGCCGGGCGUGGACGCGCUCAACAGCACAGUCGAGCGCAGGCCCAGGCGCUCGACCGACGUCCUGCUCCCUCUCCAGAACAACGAGCUGCCGGGGACCGAGCACCCGCACGCGGCCCCGGGCCGGGAGGAGGAGAGGAGCCCCUCGUAUGAGCCGCCCGAGGACCGGCCCCCCGCCAAGCGGUCCCGGGCGAAACCCCGCAGGCAGCAGCAGCAGCAGCAGCACAGGCCCGCGCUGCUGCACUUUGACGAGCAGACCAUGAAGAAGGCCCGCAGGAGGCAGUGGGCCGAGCCCAGGCACUGCGCCCGCAGGUACCUGAAGGUCGACUUCGCGGACAUCGGCUGGAACGAGUGGAUUAUAUCCCCCAAGUAUUUCGAUGCCUUCUAUUGCUCGGGAUCCUGCCAGUUUCCUAUGCCAAAGUCAGUGAAGCCCUCCAACCACGCCACCAUCCAGAGCAUCGUGCGGGCGGUGGGAGUGGUGCCCGGCAUCCCCGAACCCUGCUGUGUCCCAGAGAAGAUGUCCUCGCUCAGCAUCCUGUUCUUCGACGAGAACGCCAACGUGGUCCUCAAGGUCUACCCCAACAUGACCGUGGACUCCUGCGCCUGCCAAUAAUGAUGCGCGGCUUCCCCCUCCAUUUUAAUUUUGCACUGGAACAGAGACCUCACCCGCAAUGCUAUCUAAACGCAAAAGACUGAAAUGAUUACUGAAGACUAUCUUUACUCUUGCGGAAGCCUGAAUGCCGAACAAGGGAAAUCCUAAAUCCUCAGCCGUGCUUGCGGCAGAAAGGAUCACUCUGCUAACACGAUCAGCUUCAGCAAUAAAUUUUAUGAAAUUUUCAUGAUAUAAUAUUGGUUCUACACCACUGUGCAGUCUGAUAUAGUUGCUGUCGGAACACAGAAGUCAUAAACUGAGAGAAUGUCCAUGAAAGCUUUCCUCACAUUCUUUUCACAUAUAUUGACUGCAGUACUGGGGUUACAGAACCACAGGUUUCAAGCACAAAAGUCUGUCUCUUAGGUGCAGUACAGAACUUUGGAUGGAGAACUGGACCAAGGCUAUACAAACCUGGCUGUCUCUCCUCCCUGAUAUGUGUAUGAAGACAGCCUGGUCUGAAUGUCUAAUUUAACCUCACAUAAUGCAUUUCUGACCACAACAUGCUAGUUAAUAGUGUGCUACCACUGUCUUUUAUCGAUUAUAUUCACUACAUGCAAAAAUCAAGUGUUCUCUGGGUUGCUAUACAUGCCUCUCUCUCUCUCUCUCUC